AUGAGUACAGCUGACUUAUCUCAUAUACCGGGAAUCAAUGCCAACUCUAAAAUUAUAUCUCCCCUCAGCAGCGACAACUCUUCAUCUAGUCCCAAAAGACUCUUUCUCAAUAGAGCAGUAAAAGCUUUGACGUCCAAAAACUCCUCUGGAACUAAUCAUUCAAGCGAAAUUGAGUCCAUAAUUGAGCCAAGGAACAAAAAAAAUUCCAGUAUGAGACACUCUCACGCAUCUCUUCCUUGUCUUAGUACUACCAGUAUAACAGCUCUUCCAUUGACUCGAUCACAUUUCUUGGAUGUUUAUAGUAAAGGCAAGUGGAACUUAUCCACAGUUCCAGCUCCACCAUGUUUUGAGGGAAUUGGUAUUCUUAAACCUCCAGAAGCCUACCACGAGGCAGUACGUCUCGGAAUUCUAGACUCACUUAUAAAUGCGAAACAAUGGGAGAACCAUAGUGCUGAAUUUCUUGAAAUCAUUAAAAAGGUAACAAGAAUUUUCGGAGUUAAAGGUGCCUCUAUUUCACUUAUUUCAUGCAAGUUUCAAGAAGUAAAAUAUCAACACAACCUUGGUUUUGACAAGUGUCCUAGAUUUUUGUCAAUUGAUGCCCAUGCCAUAUUGUCUAUGUCGGAUUUUGUACUGCUUGACGCCUCUAAAGAUUGGAGAACUCAAAAAAAUCCAUUGGUUCAAGGACCUCCUAUGAUCAAAUUCUAUUGCGGGGUACCAAUCUGCAGUCGAACAGGACAUGUGAUGGGAAUACUCGCAAUUUUUGAUGACAUGCCCCGUUCUUCAUUUGAUACGAAUCAAAUCAAAGUUCUUCAGGGCCAUGUCUCAAAGAUCUGGCAGUUGUUGGAAACUAGUGAUAAUAUGCUAGACGAAAAAGAUAAGGACAAAAAAAUGGAGUCGAUAGCCUCGCCUGCGGGAAGUAAACCUCUGUUGCCAACAAAUGGAACUGCUAACCCCCUAUUCCAGCAGAUCGGCAGAGCGACAAGCAACUCUAUCUCUAACACAAGUUUCAAACUUGCAGGGGAUAUUUUAUUUGACAAAGAUAGAUCAGGAUCUGCAUAUCAGUCCAGCAAGAACUUCUCCAUUUCAAAACAUGAUUUGGCUUGUGUUUACCGAGACAGAUUUGAUAAAUGCCUCUGGCAAAAACUAUUGGAAAGCAAAAGUAUGAGAAAAGCUGCUGGCAUCUUGUGUGAACAAAUUUGCAUACAAAACGGAAUUAACCUUGCAUAUGUUGCGGAAAUAAGAGUCGUCGAAAGAUUCAAAAUCCGUCAGUCAUUCUUUCCCCCAAAGAAUAAUUCAAUCCUGUAUGAUAAUUACAAAUAUCAGGAUCAGUUGGUAAAAAGUGGAGAACCACGAUGUGCAAUUCGAGUCUACGGGACCAACUCUGAUAGGAGGUCGAGCGUACCAAAUUUGAGCCUGGACACACAAUUGCAUCUGUCUGGCUUCAAGUCAAAGUUAGGACUAGCCUUUCAAGGCAGGGAUCCAAAGUCAUACGUUAAAUCAGGUAUGGUCGUUCCAUUCUUCAAAGGCAAUGCUAAAUUGGUUAAAAAAAAACCUGAGAAAAAGUAUCUGGAUACUGAUAUGGUCGAAUUGAACUUAAAAUCCAACGGCUUUGUUAUAGUCUGUGUUAACGAUAAUCCGAAUAAAAUCGCAGAAGAAAAAGUUGAUGGGAUACUAAAAAAUGCAUUCUUGUUCAGAAAGAUUUUUCUGGUGUAG